AUGGCCGCCCCUCGCCCCGCAGAGUAUAUGUAUGUUCCCACGGCUGACCUCUCCACUAUCCAGUUCAUCAAUCUCUUUGAUAAGGAAAAAUCGGAGUUGAUAAAAAUUAUCACAGCCUGCGAAAAAGAUGGCUUCUUCUACCUCGACCUUCAACAUGGCGGUUCCGAAAAGUUUUGGACGGACCUGUACGAGAUCGACACUAUCACCAAGAAGUGGUUUUCUCAGCCUGAGCAUGUCAAAAGGAAGACCCCUACUGUGUCUCUCUCGCAUAGGUUCAAAGCCAUUGGAAACCAGUCUGGAGCUGUCCAGUCGCUCAAAGAUGGCUUUGAGGCACUAAAGAUCGGCAAAUUCGAAUCGGAUGGUCGAUGGGCUCUUCCUUCCGUCGCACAGAACAACCUCGAUCUGUUUGACCAGUUCACCGCUGCGUGCCAUUUCUUCUCGAAGCUUCUACUCGACUGCAUCUCGGAUGAAAUGGGCCUGAAGGGAGACGCCCGGCUUGAAAGUCACCACCGGGACGACUGUCGCUCGAAAAGCACCCUAUGCUUUCUUCACUUCCCUCCCAGCUGGGGUCUCCGGGUCUUCUCCCCGGAGGAUGCUACUUUGAAUUAUGUCGUUCCCCGACCGGGUCAUGCAAUUGUCAACGUCGGCGAUACAUUGCGCUUCCUUUCAAACAAGCGUUUGCGCUCUGCAUUGCACCGCGUGUUGCCUCAGGGCCACGUCCAAACUGAAGAUCGCUACUCUAUAUCGUACUUCCUGCGAGCUACGGACUCCACCGAGUUUGAGGACAGCAAUGGAGAAAAUUCGAGCGCGAAACAAUGGUACAUGAAGAAGUAUGAAAUGUAUGAGCUGCCCCAUACCAUUCAGAAAGAGCACACGACACUUUCGGGUGGAAUGGCUCAGGAGCUCAAGCUACCUUCUAAGGGAGGCGUAAAAGGGCUCUAUUCUCUUGCGGAUGAGCCGACAGGAGACAGAACACCUUUUUAUUAG